AAACAUCUAUCUAAUAUUUUUUCCAAAUGAGAUCCAAAGUCAGGGACUGAACUUCUCUCUCAGACUUUCCUUAGUUUCCUUCUUUAUAAUAUCCGUCAGUUCUCACAUGCGCACAGGGCUCAAAAGUGUGGGCUGUUGUCGCCAUUCAUGUAAUUCUUCAUCACCUGUUGAGCUGUGACCAUCUGUUCAUUUGAAAUACACUACAGGCCAACAAACUGACUUAAACAUGAAACCACAGUGUUGUGCCUGACACCAACCCUCCAGUAACUGCAUCCAUCAGCGAAUAGCCUGACAAGUAUUCCUACAGUUUUAUCUCACUCAAAGGGAGUGGAUUUCUACUCCCCAAAUUCCUACUAAAUUCCUGGACACACACACACAAACACACAUUUUUGUACAACCAUGUUUUUGUGGACAUUUGUUGGCAUAAUGAUUUCCCUGGCCCCAACCAGCUCAUCUAAGUCCCCAACCCUAAUCUUAAUCACACUAUAAUUGUAACCUUUACCCUAAAAUCAACUAAAGACAGCAGCCCGCCAAAACGUCCUUACUUUGCAGAGGCGUCCUCACACCGAUGGUGUAAUAUUCAAAGUGGUCCUCAGAAAGAUAGCUCUACGUGAAUGCAUGCUCUCCCCCUUCCUCUCUCUCUCUCUUUCUCUCUCUCUCUCUCUCUCUCUCUCUGAGGUCUGUAGAUGCUGUUGAUAAACUGGAAGUUCACAUAAACAAAUUAGAAGAUGAGGAACUUCACUGGAGAUGUUUAUUUAUGCUGCUUUCUCUACAUUUCACCAACCCACAUGCACACAUUUUACACAAGCCUUGAACCCCAGCGAAGGGAUUCAGGACGUUAUGCAUUUCCUGUCUGAUGUGUGUUUGUUCCAACAGAAAUGUGUGCAUGUACGGGCGUAGGUGUACUAUCUCAUUUUGAGUGUGUUUACGUGCUGCGAGAGGGAGCGAGAAAGAUAGAAAUCACCUACAAAGGCAGUCAGAGGGAGAAGGGGGAGCGAGACUUCAGCUGAAACUGAAAAAAAAGCAGAGAGUGAAAUGAAAAGAGAGCCUGAUCAGAAGAGGCACAAAAUCAGAUGGACAAAACUGUCCCUGUUUGGAUCUGAUCUGCAGUAAUCCGAGAGAGGACACAACCAAGGAGUCUAGUCUGUUUGUUGCUUCUGUCAUGGACCUCCUGCCGUCUGUAGCUUCCACGGUGUUAGCCUCCACAGUCAGCCUGUUGCGAGACAGCACUGCCUUUCAGAGUAUCAACAAGAGGCUCAACAGGAGGACCAUGUCGUCUCCAGAUGUGUCCUGGCCGGUGCCGAUGCGAGCCAUUGGGGCUCAGAACCUCCUGACCAUGCCGGGAGGAGUAUCCAUUUCAGGAUACCUCCACAAGAAAGGAGGCAGCCAAUUCAGCCUCAUGAAAUGGCCAUUGAGGUAUAUCAUUAUUCACAAAGGCUGCGUGUAUUACUUUAAGAGCAGUACCUCUGCUACACCACAGGGGGCGUUCUCUCUCAAUGGCUACAACAGAGUAAUGAGAGCAGCAGAGGAGACAACAUCCAGUAAUGUCUUUCCUUUCAAGCUUGUCCAUUUCAGUAAGAAACACAGGACUUGGUUCUUCUCCGCAGCCAGUGAGGAUGAGCGGAGGAAAUGGAUGCGACACCUGCGAAGAGAGAUCGAUCACUAUAACGACAGAAAGGAGUGCCACAUCCCAAGUGACUCCGAUUCAGAUGCAGACAGUUUCUAUGGCACGAUCGAGAGGCCCAUGGACAUUAGACAUCCUGUCGAUACCGCAGAAAGUGAUUAUAUUGAUGAGGAUGAUGAUGACGACGAGGAAGACUAUCUGAAGCCAGACAGUGACUGUUCGCCAUCGUCUACAGUUCGGCCCACGGGGCCACCCCCUUCCUACCCUCCUCCCCCAGUGCCUUUAACUUCAUCGCCCCGUCAAGACUCCAGUUCAUGUUUCCAGAAGGGCCCUCCUCCUCCCCUUCCCGCACCGCACAAAAACAGUCAGCUCCCCAAGAAACUCCCUCCCUCUGUGCCCCCGCCCUCCUUACAGGACACAUUCAAAAGCCAGGUCCCUCCUCUUCCUUUUGCCCUGCACCUGCCCAAAACCCCAUCUCCCUCAUCCAGCCCUCCACCUCCUCCUCCUCCAAACACAAAGAGAACUCAGAGCAGGGCAGCCUCUGUAGGGUGUGCCGGUAACGACAAAAGAGACUGGCGGUCUUUUCCGGCCAUGUCGGUCCAGUCGCCAGCCACCCUGCCCAUCUGUGACCAAUUAGAGACCAGGAUGGCCCUAAAUGGUCCUAUCAACAGCUCCCUCAAUUCUGGAGGGAGCCAGUCAUUAAGCAACAACUACCACAGGAGCAAGCCACCGCCAGGCCUUCCAACCCCGAACAUGGGCGGAUCCAGCCUCUCCGUCAACAAGAUGUCCCCCAGUCCUGGCCACCCUCCGCUGUCUCCUCAAUUUAAAAGUGGGUUACACAACAAGCCAAUGAUAUCCAAGCCUCCUCCACCAGCAGUCAAACCUCCACUGCCUGUAGUCAAGUCCAAGCCGCCAGGAACUCCAUUCCAAAGAGCGUCACCAGAGGGCCAGAGCUUCCGUUCCCAGGGAGAUGAGGUGCCGACAGAGCUCAGGAGGAAACGAGACAUGACCAUACACGGGGGAGGAAACGAUUCUGACGAUGACUACGAGAAUGUGCAGCUGCCGGACUCUGUGUUCAUUGACACGACUGAAACCAGCUUCGUAGAAAAGUUAUUCAGAGAGAGCCCCAUCCCACCGCAGGACGGACUAUACGGGAUCAGAAACUCAGGAACCAAAACAUCAAAGGUCCUGGUGGUGUGGGACAUCAGCAUAUGCAAAGCCAGAAACUACAGACUGUUUGAGGAGGAGUCGUGCCUAUAUCUGGAAAGUGAGGUGACAUUCCCCUCUCUGUCCGCUCUGAUCGAACACUACUACACGCAUCCUCUUCCUCACCACGGCUCGCUCUGCCUGCAGAAGCCCUACACAAAGCCGCUGGUUGGCUUGAUGUAGAGUCUGAGCACCAACACAGGCAGCUGGACACCAGUGCAAAGACUUGGAGCGCCUCCACAGCGGAACUCAAUCUCAGUCAAUAACGCAUGGAGUAUAGUAGCUCUCACAGUAUGCUGAAACAGAGCAUACCUCUCACUGUCCAGUGGAAAGAAGACAAUUUCUGGAAGCACAGCAAACACAGCAAGGAGUGUAAAUACACAGCGGACUCUCAAUAAAAGGUUCAACUGGCACCAAAAUAAGCCUUUUCUAAAAUCUGGAGAGUGAACUGAGAAAAAGCAGUCACAGAAGUUAGCCAGAUAUAUGUGACAUAUUUUGUCCACAAGGGGGCACUGUGAUACUAAUUAUAACUAAUGAUCUAAAACACUGUAGCGGGAUCAACCAUAUAGCCUUGCAGUCAUAUUUUGAUUAGGUGACCUGCAUUUGAUCAACAUACCUGAUACAGUCUGAUACAGUCACAUCAAGUGUAUACAUAUCAAACAAACAUAGCUUGAUUUUAUUUCAUACUGGAAUGGAUUGUAUGGACGUGAAUAUUGUUCUGGCCGUCAUAAUGUUCAGCUUAGUUACAUAUGUUGAUUAUAGUUGGUUCUAAAACUAAUUUUGUUACAUUCCUGACAAUAAGUGUCCUGGUAUGAGACACCUCAGACACUGAACAUUGAUUAUCAAAGUUGAUAAGAAGGCUGCAGGAUUUUCAUUAACACUUUACAAACUCUCAGCCUUUCUAAAAGGAAAAUCUUUUAUGUCCAGGUGCAAACUCCAAAAGCUCUUCUUGUUAUUUAUACCUAUAAAUCUGUUUAGCAUUCCUCCAGUCAUGAAUAGUUUACUGUACUGGAAAAAGUGCUGUAUUUAACGCUCAAUGUUCCUCUGUGUUGGGUUUCUUACCUCAGUUAAUUUUUUUUGUUGUUGUUGUUUUAAAAUGCAGUUUGUACAGCACUGACUUUGAUAUUGUAAAAUGCUCUUCAAUAUUUAUGUGUAAAUGUUGUAUCUACUGUAAAGAAAAUGUAAAUUUAUUGUUUUCUACUGUUGGAAAUAUAUACAAGAAUUACUUACA